GCGAGAUAAGCAGUAAGCUAACUGUCCGUAUUUCUUAUACGUCUAAUCUUACUCUCUUGUACUUUUAACGCCUAUUCUCAACCCUGUUUAUAGUAACAAUAGGUAUUCAUCUAUAAUGGAAGUGCGAAAACAAAGAUGUUCUAUGGUUAGUAAAGACACUCCAGAUAUUGAGAAUAUUUUGUCUUUGAAUCCGAAGAUCUGCGGUCAUGCUAGGCUCGUACCAAGUAGUGAAACAAAAAUAACAAAAAAACACUGGAAAAGAAAUAAAGAGAAACAUUGUUGUUCACGCAAAUUGCUAGAGAAAAACUUUGACGAUAUUAAACGUACUACAUUGAGUGAAAGGGGUGCUCUGAAGGAAGCAGCUAGGUGCUUGAAGUGCGCUGACGCUCCCUGCCAGAAGAGCUGUCCAACGCAACUUGACAUUAAGGGCUUUAUUAACAGCAUUUCGACAAAGAACUACUAUGGAGCAGCUAAAGCCAUUUUCUCGGACAACCCUCUAGGCUUAACGUGUGGUAUGGUUUGUCCAACUAGCGACCUCUGUGUUGGUGGCUGCAACUUGUAUGCUUCAGAGGAAGGACCUAUUAACAUUGGAGGGCUUCAACAGUUUGCUACAGAGGUUUUCAAAGCCAUGAAGAUCCCCCAGAUCCGUCCUCCGGAAAUCCCUCCUCCAGAAGAUCUUCCUGAAAGUUAUCGUGCUAAGGUGGCGCUAGUGGGAUGCGGACCAGCUAGUAUCAGCUGUGCUAGUUUUCUUGCCCGACUAGGUUACUCUAAACUCAUUAUAUUCGAGAAGGAAGAAUAUCAUGGAGGUCUGAGCUCUUCAGAAAUUCCUCAGUACCGUCUUCCACAUGAAGUAGUACAAUUUGAAGUCGAUCUUAUGAAAGAUCUAGGCGUCCAGGUUGAGCAUGACAAAGCACUUGGACGAGAUUUCACUUUGAUGUCAUUGAAAGAAGAGGGAUUCGAGGCCGUGUUCUUAGGAAUAGGAUUACCAGAUUCGAAGACUACUCCUAUUUUUAAAGGGUUGACCAAUGAAAGCGGCUUCUACACCUCUAAAGAUUUUCUACCACUCGUUUCCAAAGCCAGCAAACCUAGUAUGUGUGGGUUUAAAUCAGUUCUCCCACAUUUCUACGGCAAUGUGAUAGUGCUGGGAGCUGGGGACACUGCCUUCGACUGCGCUACUUCAGCUCUCAGGUGUGGAGCUAAAAAAGUUUACGUGGUGUUCAGAAAAGGGUUCACCAACAUCCGGGCAGUUCCUGAAGAGUUCGAACUAGCCAAGGAAGAAAACUGUGAGUUCAUGCCGUUUCUUUCACCAAACAAAAUUAUUGUAAAAGGACAUCAUAUUAGUGCAGUGGAGUUUAUCAGAACAUCACAGGAGGAAGAUGGCAGUUGGAAGAUGGACGAAGAUCAGCUGGUGAAACUGAAAGCCGAUUUUAUUAUAUCAGCAUUUGGAUCCUCUCUCCGGGAUUCCAAAGUGUUAGAAGCCAUCAAGCCUCUCAAGCUCACAAACUUGGGACUUCCAGAGGUCGACAAGAGCAUAAUGCAGAGUAGCGAGAAGUGGGUGUUCUGUGGAGGAGACAUGGCUGGUGUAGCAGAAACAACCGUUGAAGCUGUAAACGAUGGAAAGACAGCAGCUUGGUUCAUCCACGAAUUUCUCCAAAGCCUUCACGGUUUCCCAGUACCCAAAAUACCAUCGCUACCCAAAUUUUAUACCCCUGUCGACAUGGUGGAUAUCAGCGUUGAAAUGUGUGGUCUGAAAUUUAAAAAUCCUUUUGGGCUUGCUAGUGCCCCACCAACAACCAGCAGUGCCAUGAUUCGGAGAGCGUUUGAAGCUGGCUGGGCAUUUGCUGUGACAAAAACAUUUACUUUAGAUAAGGAUAUCGUAACAAACGUAUCACCACGUAUCGUUCGGGGUACUACCUCAGGACACAGUUAUGGCCCAGGCCAGGGAUCUUUCUUGAAUAUAGAGCUGAGCAGUGAGAAGACUGCUGCCUACUGGUGUCAGAGCUUAAGAGAACUGAAGAGAGACUUUCCCGAUCAUAUCCUGAUUGCCAGUAUUACUUGCACCUUCAAGAAAGAAGACUGGGUAGUGUUGGCGAAAAUGGCAGAGGAAGCUGGAGCAGACGCCUUGGAGCUGAAUCGAUCUUGUCCUCACGGAGCGGUGAAACGAGGAAUGGGUUUAGAAUGUGGACAGGAUCCUGAAUCUAUUCGAAGUAUAUGCUUGUGGGUUCGAGAAGUUGUUCAAAUUCCAAUUUUUGCGAAACUGACGCCUAACGUCACUGAUAUUGUCUCUAUAGCAAAAGCUGCUUAUGAAGGAAAAGCGGACGGAGUAACAGCGACAAAUACAGUGCCAGGCCUUAUGGGUCUGAGAGGAGACGGCACCGGAUGGCCAACCGUGGGAAUAGAAAAUAAAACAUCCUAUGGGGGAGUAUCAGGAAAUGCCAUCCGUCCAAUUGCUCUUCGAACAGUGUCGGCCAUAGCUAAGGCUUUACCUGGGUUUCCAAUUUUAGCUACGGGAGGUAUAGAUUCUGCAGAAGUAGGCCUUCAAUUUCUUUAUUGCGGAGCUACUGUUCUGCAAGUCUGUAGCGCUAUUCAGAACCAAGACUUCACCGUCAUUGAUGACUAUGUUACAGGACUGAAAGCAAAUAUGUACUUAAAAAGUUUGGAAGCAACAAAGAAAUGGAACUUUCAGUCUCCGCCGACACCUCGUCACCACAAAGGAAAGCCUAUAAAUGUUCUACCUGACGCCACAUUCAAGAAACUUCCUCAUUUUGGAGCUUACCUGAGACACAAAGAAGACAUUCUAGCGACAUACAAGAAACAAGUUGAUCUACUUGAUGAUAAGCUUAAGCCACCACAGAAUAGACCAUGUUCCCAGCACGUGAGACCAAUCCCACAAAUCAAGGACGUGAUCGGAAAGGCUAUCAAUCGGAUCGGGACUUUAUCUGACUUGGAUACAAAACAACAGAUGGUAGCUCUUGUUGACGAGGAAAUGUGCAUCAAUUGUGGGAAGUGUUACAUGAGCUGUAACGAUUCUGGGUACCAGGCUAUUAUCUUUGACCCAGAAACCCAUCUACCUAGAGUGACUGAUGACUGCACCGGUUGCUCGCUUUGUGUCUCUGUGUGUCCUAUCAUCGACUGUAUUCGUAUUGUAAACCGAACGACUCCUUACCAGCCUAAGAGAGGAAUACCUUCCACUGAACUGGGGAAUUAUUGUGAUAAUCCUUUCCCUCUUCUUGCACAGUAGACUUUUCGUGGAAUGACUUGGAUAGUUAAUAAUAGCAAAAUAUUGAGCUUAAUUCAAUACGUUAGAGAGGUUAUUGACUGUGCCUAGCAUUAAAACAGAAUAUAUAUAUAUAUAUAUACAAGCACUAAUAAAGUUAAUGGAUAAAAACAUA